GACUUUCCAGACGGCAGGCGGGACUCGGAGACGCUCCUCUCGGCUGCUGUGGGUCCGUUGGUCCAUCCCGGUUCCUAUUGUCUCCGCGUUUCCACUCCUUCCAGACGAACCCGAAGACGACUCCCCAAACUUGGCCGUUUUUCUUCCUCCGCUCGGACCCGCGGCGCGUUUUUUUUUGUUGUUUUUUUUGGAGACUUGGCUGAGAAUUGGACCGUCUCCCUGCGCGAAAUUUGGACACGCUCCUCUGUGUGAGUGCGUUUUUAAUUUAACACAAUUUCCAGCGGAGAGCCAGUGAAUGAAGGGACCAAUGGCUGACUGGUGCUGGUGAUCUGGGAAUCCGCUCCGGUGAAUUUUUACGCACCGUUUCGUGUCUGGAUAAGAUCCGGUGGAUGAGAGCGGUGGUGUGUUGGAGGUACAGACGCGGGGUUUUUGGUGAAGGAUGCUCCGUUACUGCCCCUGAGAGGAGCGGCAGGAGAGGAGAGGAGAGGAGAGGCUGGAACCACUUUCACUUGUUUUCUCCACCCUGGAACAAAUUAGGCUGCUUCCAUCAGGAUUGUUUCAUCUGGGGAGAAAUCCGUCUCAUCUCACAUCUGCUGUCUUCUGGAUCCAGCUCUAAUGAGGAUCACUGGAAAGUCAGUUAUUUAACAGGAAUCCGGUUGAGAUGCAGCUGAUCUGAAGCCUCCGUCUCUGUGGAACUUGACUCCCCAGAAGGCCCACCUUCGCCCCCCCAACAUCUUCCAGCCCUCGACCCCCCAUGUGUUCUGGAGCUCCUCAGCCUGGUAGCGUCUGAAUGAAGUAGCCGCCAGAAGGUUGCUGCUCCCCGAGGCUUCCAGCCGGGCUGCCGGCCAGCCAGACGGCCCUCUGGAGGGUUCCUUUGGAUCUUGAAGCAGAGGUUCUGGGCCCCACGUGGACGCCAUGGGCUGCUGUAGCGGCAGGUGCACCUUGGCCUUCAUCUGUGGCAUGCAGCUGGUGAGUGUGUUGGAGCGCCAGGUGAUCGACUUCCUGGGCUACCAGUGGGCUCCGAUCCUCACCAACUUCCUGCACAUCAUCGUGGUCGUCCUGGGCCUGUUCGGCACCGUCCAGUUCCGGCCCAGAUACGUCACCGGGUACGCCGUCUGGCUCGUCGUCUGGAUGACCUGGAACGUUUUCAUCAUUUGUUUCUACCUGGAGGUCGGAGAUUUGUCCAGAGACUCGGACCUGGUCCUGACCUUCAACCUGUCCAUGCAUCGGUCCUGGUGGAUGGAGAACGGGCCGGGCUGCAGGGUCACCCCCAUCCUGCCUCCUCCUUCCUGGGCGCCGGAGGACCACCGGUAUAUUUCUAUAUCCGGAUGUCUGAUGGACUUCCAGUUCAUCGAGGUGGCUCACUCCUCGCUGCAGAUACUCCUGGCUUUGGUGGGUUUCAUCUACGCCUGCUACGUGGUCAAACUCAUCUCUGAAGAAGAAGACAGCUUUGAUUUUAUAGGAGGGUUCGACUCGUACGGUUACCAGGGGCCUCAGAAGACCUCCCACCUGCAGCUACAGCCCAUGUACAUGUCCAAAUAAACCCAGAAGCUUCUCCAGGAGUUCUGCCUUACCGACGACCCACUUCUUCAAGCCCCGCUCCAUCUGAACAAACAGAUUCCUGAUCGACCUGAACUUUUCUCCGUCUGCCCGGCUGGAGUUCCUGAUGAAACACCGGCCUCGUGUGGUCGGACUCGGUAACUGCAGGACGCCGCUCCUGAACUCCUGACGUUCCCUCAGGCUCCCAAUGUGAAUAUCCAUCCCCGUUUCCUGCAGAGAAACUGUCGCCUGACCAAAGAGCUCAACCCAGACAAACAUCUUCUUCUUCUUCUUCUUCUUCUGCUCUCGGUGCCUGACGGAUCUCACACCGGACUUCCAGCUGAACUACCGAUGGACGAAUGUUUGUCUCUUUUUUUGGUUUUUCUAGAAUCUGGACUUGGUCUGAAUGUUAACAGCUUCAUGUCAUCCGUGCAUGUGAACACACACGUGCAUGCACACUCCUUCACCUUUUUAAUGUGAAUCCUAACGAUGUUUACAGCGACUGGAGGAACCCUGAGACGCUGCUGGACGUUCCACGUGUGUCUUUUGCUGUCUGAAUAUUUCGUCUUCCGCCCGAGACAGAAGAGUGGAGGACAGACAGCGGCUGGUCGUCCUCCUCCGUCCUCUAGUAGCCCAAUCUGUCAGACGUGUUGGUUCUGUGUUUAAGACAAGAUAAAAGAGUCCAGCUCUGAUUAAAGGAGAAUUCAGACUCAUUUCAACCUGCCGAGUUUCACAUUAACGAACUUCCUGCAAGAAAAAGACGGUUUUCGUUUGAAUUUCUAGUUUUCUGAAGCAGAAAUUCAACAUUUUUCCAGCUGUGUUUGCUUUAAAAGCUGCACAAUCCUGGAAAAAUCAGAAAACAUCCAGUAAUUUGUCCAGAUAAAUUCAUUAGCAACAACUGCAAGACAGAAAACCUGUUUUUGGUCGACGUCUUUCGUUCUGUAGCUGAAUUAUUUCAAUACAACUGAUUUAUUUCUGCAGCCAAAUCUUCAUUUUUAAAUUUUUUUCUCUCCUGUUCCACAAUCAUUUUGCUGUGACAAGUGUUUCUGGAUGAGCUAAAAGUAAUUUCUAACAGAUUUUGAGUCACAUUGGGCAAGUUAUUCAUCAUUUUGGGCCACUGUUGAGGCUUUCAGCACUAACUUAGAGGUUUUUUUUAGACAAAUUUGAAGUCAUUUUACACAAAGUUUCAUGAGUCAUGUUGAACAGAUUUUGUGUCAUUAUGGACACAAUUAAGGUAAUUUAGGGGAUUUUGAUGAGUUUUGGGUCAUUUUUGACAAAUUUCAAGUCAUUUCUCAUGUUUGGGAAUGUUUGAAGUCAUUUUGGACAAAUUUUGAAUCUUUUUUUGAGAAGUUUCAAGUCAUUUUGAGCCAUUUUUGAGUCAUAUUGGACAAUUUUGAGGCUUUGGCAGCAAUUUUGAGUUAUAUUUGACAAAUCCGAACUCAUUUUACACCAAAUUUGAGUCUAAUUGACAUUAAAUGAAACGUUUCAAGUCAUUUUGGACCAUUUAUAUGUAAUUUUGGAGAUCAUUGUGCAGAAUGUGUCUCAUUUUGGACAAGUUUAAAGUCAUUUUGCACCAUUUUUGAAUCUUUUUGGACAGGUUUCAAGUCAUUUUAGACAAAUUUCAGGUAAUUUUGCAUAAUUUUAAAGUAAUUUUGGAGAUGUUUUAAGUCAUUUCGGAGAACUUGUCUCAUUCUGAACAAGUUUUGAGUUGUUUCACACCAAUUUUGAGGCAUACUGGGCGAUUUAGAGCUAUGUUGAACAAGUUUGAAAUAAUUUUCAACAAGCUUCAAGUAAUUUUAAGUCAUUUUGCACCAUUUUUGAAUCUUUUUGGACAGAUUUCAAGUCAUUUUAGACAAGUUUCAAAUAAUUUAAUAUCCUUUUUAAGUAAUUUUGGAGAUGUCUUAAGUCAUUUCUGAGAACUUGUCUCUUUCUGGACAGGUUUUGAGUUGUUUCACAUCAAUUUUGAGUCACAUUUGACCAUUUUUGCAUCAUUUUGAACACAUUUCAAGUCAUUUUGGAAAAGUUGCACGUUAUUUCAGACAAAUUUUGAGUCAUUUUGGUCAAGCAGACCCAAAAAAACCCACAUUAAAGUGAAAUCUGGCAGGUUGAACUGAACCAGAAUCCUCUUUGAGUAAGUGAAAUAGAUGAAAAUCAGCCAGAAGCUUCCACCUGGAGACCAGACGCCCUUUACAGAAACGACAAUCACAGUCAGAGUCCUGCAGAGAGACGAACCUUCACCAACGUGGAAAUCACUCGAUUGGUUAUUUAUUCCUUUAACUUAUUGAUCGAGACUCAGCGGCUCCAAUCUUCCACAAAUUCAAACGCUCAAAGUGCCAACAGCUUCACAGAUUAAUACAAGUCUCACUUUUAAUUUGUGGUGGGAGAUGAAUCCUUGUUGUGUCGCAAUCACUGGACCAAACGUUGGAGGCGUCGGACGCUUUCAGAGGAAGGAUGAACUGUUUCCCUCCACAGGCUGCGUUCCGAGGGUUUUGUGUGUUUGCAUGAGGUGUUUCCAAACGUAUUUAAUCUCAUGCCGACUAAUAAACAGUUCCGUGGAAUGCUCCUCUGCUCCAGAGUCCGAAACGUGAACUUUGUGGAGUUUUUUUUUCUAUAAAUAACAAACCGAUGAUUGAAAAAAAGUAGAAAAAAAAGCAGCUAAAAUGUACCUUUGAGAACUUGUAGACGUUUUUUAACCACGUGUGGCCGUGUUUACUGUUUUUCUAGUUGACUAAUACCGUAUGAUGUUGUGUAUAAGUGGGACUACUAUGUUUUAUUCCUUCCAACUGUACAGCGUAUUUCAGGAGGAGAAUUAGUUGCACUAUAGCCUGUAAUUCUUUCAUUUCUGUCGGGGCUGCAGGUUCACUUCCACUUCAAUUAAACUAAAUUUAACCAACAUUUGACCCGUUAGACGACAUUUAAUGAGUAAAAAUAGCCGCAGAUGGACGUUUUUGAUAAAUUCCAAUCCGGGAGCUUAAUCGAUGCAAUUAAACGACACUUUUUGAAGUGAAAGUGAAUUGAGUUGUUGAUUUAUUCGUCUUUUCGAUGGAUUGAUUUAACCGACACUGUAAUAAUCCACAAUUUGGCAAAAUCAGAAGGGAUUUUCAGAGAUAUAACGUGGCCCAUAUGUGUGUGUGUGAGUGUGUGUGACUUUGUUUUCUGUGUGGCGGUUAAUUAUUCAGCUUUAAAACCCAGAACCUGCAAAAGAAACUCCAAUUUAAUCCAAGCAAGAACUCAUUAAAGAUGAAUGAAAAGCAAUAAGAGCAGGAAUAAGAUAUUUUAAAGUCUCACAAUCACUUUUAGCUGCAGAUUUAAUAAUUUAGACUCUAAGAAAAGUCUGUUUGUGGCACCUUCAACUUCAGAAUUAAUAGGAAAAAGUGAAGCUAAGAUGUUUUGUUUGUUAGAAUCAAUAAACUUUCAAUCAAGCUUUUGUAGAAAUCUGAAUUCUGUCAGUAAUUGGUUGAAUUAAGUGAUUAAAUGCAUUAGAAGCUGCUGAAAACAAUGUUUUGAAGGAUUGUUUGACAUAAUAUUGUUCCAUCAAGUUAAUAUUUUGCGUAAUUUCAACUCAAAUUUCUACAUUAGUUGGUUUAAAACUAAGUUCAAGUUGAGGUAGCUGAACAAAAUUGGCUCAAUAACCUAAUUUAACAUACUUAACAACUGGCAAUUAAAAACGCAUUUAGCUGUAGAGGAAAAGCUAAAUUCUCUAACUCAGUGUAGUUUGUUGGUUGAACUUAAUUUAAUUAGAAGUUUAACUUUUCUUCCAGAAAUCACUUAUUUGUGAUGGGCAGAAUAAAUGCAACUUUUUAAGUUUAUUACUCAAAAAAUUAUUUGUCCCAACUAUUACUUCCACACUGUUUCAAAGGAACUUAACUACUUACCACUUAACCCUCCUGUUGUCUUCAUUUACAGGCACCAAAAAAUAUUGUUUCCUUGUCUGAAAAAAAUCCAAAAAUUCAGCAAAACAAUUCCCCAAAUUUCUGAAAAUUUGCAAAACCUUCAGGAAGAAAAUUCCAUUGAAAGUUUUAUUUAAAAAAAAAAAAAAAAAAAUCCCCCAAAUUUGGCAAGAAAAUUCUUGUAAAUAUUUUCAAAAAAUGAGUAAAAAGCUUCCAAAAAAAAUCCUAAAAAUAUCUAAAGUGAUUCCAUAUAUAUCAGUAAAACUUCUAAUAUUUUCUUUAAGAACAUUCACAUAAAAAUCAACCAAAAUCCAGUGAAAUUUGCUGGAUUUUGGUUGAUUUUGUUUGUUUGUUUGUUUGUUUGUUUGUUUGUUUUGGUAGAUUUUUUUGUGACUGUUCUUAAGAAACAUUUUUAACAUUUCUUUUUUUCCACCAAAAAAUGUUCAGAUAUUUCCUGAAAAUGUUGAAAAUGUGGACAUCAGAAGUUUCACUGUGAAAAAGUCUGGAUUUUUUGAAAAGGGUGAGAUUCCUGAAAAUGUACAAUUCUGCAUUUGAUGUCAAAAUUUUGUGUUUAGUGUAAAAAAGAACUGUGCGAACAAGGUCAGAAUUCACCUUCAAGAUCUGAAUAUCAUUUGUUAAAAUACACAGAUACAGAUAAAAGCUGUUGUUGAAUGAAUUCAUUUUUAAAAGCAGGUGCAGUAAGAAUUUAGUUUACAGUUUACAAUUAUGGUAAUUAACCCUCGUGUCGUCCUGCAGGUCAAAAUUGACCCGUUUUAAAGUUUGAAAAUGUGGGGAAAAAAAUCUAUUUUCACAGUGAAACUUCUGAUGUCCACAUUUUCAACAUUUUUUGGUGGAAAAAAAGAAAUGUUAAAAAUGUUUCUUAAGAACAUUCACAAAAAAAUCAAACAAAAUCCAGCAAAUUUCACUGGAUUUUGGUUGAUUUUUAUGUGAAUGUUCUUAAAGAAAAUGUUAGAAGUUUUACUGAUAUAUAUGGAAUCACUUUAGAUAUUUUUAGGAUUUUUUGUAAGAUUUUUACUCAUUUUUUGAAAAUAUUUACAAGAAUUUUCUUGCCAAUUUUGUGGGAUUUUUUAAAAUAAAACUUUUAAAGGAAACUUUUAAGGAAUUGUUGGAAUUUCCACCAAAUAUAUUAACAAAUGUAGCUUAAACUCUGUAAUAAAGUCUACUGUUGAUCAUAUUACAAUUGAAAAUAUUAAAAAAAUGCAUUACUCUAGAGGAUUUGUAAAAGGAAUGAUAAUACCUGAAAGUGUGCCAGAAUUGUUUGUUUUUCCUGAACUCAAGGUGAAAAAAUUAAGCUAUCGCACGAAUGUCAUUGAGUUAUCUCCACUUGAAUUGAGUUUUAAAUCAAUUAAUUCAGAAAUUUGAGUUUCAAUUGCACCUAAAAUUGAGUUGAUGCAACAUUUGUAGGUCAAGUCAACCAUAAAAAUAGUGUUUGAAACUUUAAAUGUUUUUCUAAAUCAGCAAAUUUGACUUUUAUCUUGAAAUUAUGCAUCUAAUUAAGUGAAAUAAAUGGUUAAAUGAGCAUUUAGAGGAUUCGAUAAUCAGUCUGCGUUAGUGAGUUCAGGUUCUGGGUUUAAAGUUUAACGUUCAUCGCUGAUAUGAACCUGUCCGUUGGUUUAACUCCUCUUUUUAUGAUGGUUCCCCCCACAGCUGAUGUACAGAAACUAGAAGCUGGGAUUAAAGUAGAGCGUGGAGAAGGAACGACAAA